UUGGAGGCUAAAGGGGGAGGGGAUUGCACCAGAUUUGACGUUUUUAAGUUUAACCUUCAGUGAUAUUGGGCCCACUUUUAUUUAACUUUACUAUUUUGUGACUAUGUCACUUAGGUCCGUCGUGUCCAAGUUUUGGACACAUGGACGGGCUUUAUUACGAGGUUGUAGGCACGAUUACCACUGGCGCAGUAAAAUUUUCGCACAUAAUUUGCGGACAGAGUCCCGUAGUUCACCAUCUUCUGGAGUUCAAAAACACUAUGAAAACGCAAGAAGAAUUUUUGCAAAUAACAUUCUCAGACGAGUUACAAAUCCAGUGUCAUCUGAUUUAAGGAAACGCACAACUCAGCAAUUACUUUAUGGCAAUUCAACUCCAUUCUUUGCCUUUGUUGGAAUAAGUCUUGCCUCAGGAAGUAUUAUCAGUAAAGAAGAUGAACUUGAGGGACUCUGUUGGGAAAUUAGGGAGGCAGUUGAACGUAUGCAGGACUCUCUUUUUGAAGCUGAAUCAGAUUUAUUCAAUUCUGAUGAAAUAAUUGAUCUUAAAAAAUUUGCUAUUGGACCAUUUAUUAAAACAGGGUCAAAUGCAGCGGUUUAUGCUGCUAGGAAGUCAUUAAAUAAAGAUUAUGAUAAAGUUGAACAACCUGCUGUAACUUUUGACACUAAGUCCCACAUUUCUGGAUUUCCUUUUGCCUUAAAAAUGAUGUUUAAUUUUGACAUUGAAUCAAAUGCCACAUCUAUUUUACGAGCUAUGUUACGAGAAACUAUCCCAGCACGAUUUCGAUUUGUUUCAAGCGAAUUUGCUCCUUGGAUGCAGAGCAUGUAUGAAAAUUUAACUAUUCUUCCUCCUCAUCCCAAUGUAGUUAUGAUGCACUGUGCUUUUGUUGAUUUUGUACCAGAACUUCCUAGUAGCAAACUUGAAUUUCCUGCAGCAUUACCUCCAAGAAUCAAUCCGACUGGGUUUGGACGUAACAAAACUCUGUUUCUUUUGAUGAAAAGAUAUGAUACAACAUUAAAAGAAUAUUUGGAACAGCAUAAGGUUGAAGGAAGAGAAGCAAUCUUGAUUGUGGCACAGAUAUUGGAAGCUAUUGUUCAUAUAAAUAGAAAUGGAAUUGCUCAUAGAGAUUUGAAAAGUGACAAUAUCCUCAUGGAAUUUGGUGAUGAUGGAUACCCUAAUAUUGCAUUAACUGAUUUUGGAUGUGCUUUAGCUGAAAAAAAUUCAGGAUUGGUCAUUCCAUUCAGAAGUUAUGACACCAAUAGGGGUGGAAAUGCAGCUCUAAUGGCACCAGAGGUGGCUUGUGCUCAGCCAAGCCUACUUUCUGGAAUAGACUAUUCAAAAUCAGAUGGUUGGGCUGUUGGCGCAAUGAUUGCUGAAAUCCUUCUGGGGUGGAACCCAUUUUAUCGAAGCACUAACAAUCCAAAUCCACUCUUCUCUACUUCUUAUAAGGAAUCUGAUUUGCCAGAUGUUCCAGGCCCACCGAUUCUAACAGCUUUAUAUAAAUCCUUAUUAACAGUAAAACCUUCACAGAGACCAUCUGCUGAAUUUGCUGCUAAUGUUCUACAACUUUACUUGUGGUCACCGAGUGAUUGGUUAAAAUCUGUGAAUCCUCCUUCAAACACUGAAAUCAUGCAGUGGCUGCUUUGCUUAACAACAAAGGUUCUAACGACCACCAGUUUUGGUCAAAGAAGAAGUGAAGCUGAAUAUCGACUUAUUGGAUCAUUUUUAAGUAGGCUAAAACUAUCUUCUCUUAAGGCUGCACUUUUUUGGCUGAGGUCCCUGCAACAGUGAAUGUUCUGCUUUAAAACCUUAAAAAUUUAAUAUUAGUCCCAAAAAAGUAAUUCAUAUAAACAUUUUGUUUAUUGUCCUUAUUAAAAUUUAUUGUUAUAUGAAGUGAAUGAUUUUUAUAUAAUGGAUUAUUUUUUUUUUAGAAAAUAUUUCAUUGAGUAGGUUAUGGAUCACUUUAAUGUAUUAGAUCAGAACUUAUGAAACUAGAAACCAAACAGCUUUAUAUUUAUUGAUUAGUUUCCUCUCGAUUUUAUGUGCUUUCUUUAUAUUUUAUCAGUUAUUUUAUUUUUUUAUUAUUAUUUGUUUUUUUUUUUGGAAUAAGUAAAAGUUAAAUAUCUGUCUGCACACAUGGUUGAAAAAUGUAUAACUUUUGUUUUCUAAAAUCUGUAAUUAAAGCUCAGUAUCAAUUUUAAAUAAUAUUUAUCUUAGUUUUGCAGUGAUGGUUUUUCAUUUAUAUAGUUUUAUUCACAAAUGUACUUAUUUAUGUAUUAUGUUAGUGUAUUAAUGUUAUAAGAUAGACUGAAAAUAUUUAUUAUUUUUGUGAGUAUUAUCUGAAUAUAUGAAUUAUUUAAAAUUAAAUUCCG